GCCAUGGCACAGUUUGUCUUCAUAAUCGUCAUCUUGAUUUCGCAAAUAUCAACUUGUUGGACUAUACGAGCAAUAUUAACCAACAAUUACGUUUACGAUGGCGCUGAAUUGCCAUUAAAUUAUGUGGACGAAUUGGUUCGAUAUCUUUGUAAAGAUGAUGUGAUUUCUUUAAACUUCUCCAACAAAGAAAUCUCUGCAGGUAUCAAUCAAGAUUUCAUCAGCGGUUCUUUAAUUACCUGCCUCAACCUCAUGGGCAAUAUUCAGAGCAUUGCGUAUGGUGCCUUCAACAAACUUCCAAAUUUAACUCAUUUGUUCCUUUCGAACAGUAGACUCAGAAGCCAAGAUGAAUUACUUAACUUUGGAGGUCAUAAUAAGUUACAAGUUCUUAUUAUAGAUAAGGCAAUAUAUUCGGAUAUAUAUUCGGAUUAUUCGGACUAUUAUAAUCCUCGUGAAGUUCAUAUUUCUGGCGACUAUCCCAACUUAAAAAUUUUGUUUUUUCGUAAAAUUUGUUUUAGUGAUUUGUCUUUUUUUUCAUUUCCUAAAUUAGAGAUAUUGGAUCUCUCCGGAAACGACAUAACAGGAACCAAUUUUGUAGAAUUCCUACCGAGUAGCUUAUACUUUCUUGAUCUUCACGAUAAUUCGCUAAAUUCUUUGCAUUUAAGCAAAAGAAUGAGCAAAUUGUUGGCAUUGAACUUGAAGAACAAUCGUUUCAAUUCCAUUAAGAAUAAUGAGUAUAGUCUAUCAGUGGCUGAUUUGAAAGCUCUACAAUAUCUUUCGGUUUCCGAAAACAAAAUUAAUAGUAUUGACUCAGGCGCUUUCCAAGACAAUAACAAUUUGCUUUAUUUAAAUUUAUCCACAAAUUAUAUAAAUUAUUUACAUCCAAAGACAUUUGCAAAUUUGCAGUAUUUAAAAACACUUGAUUUAAGUAACAACACACUUGAAGAGGUUCCACAAAUCUCAAAUGAAACAGAAAUCAGUGUUUUAUAUAUUAAUCAUAAUAACAUAAAGAAAAUAAUCUCAUACGCUUUCGCGCAAAUGCCGAAAUUGACAAAGUUGUUAAUGGGAAAAAAUCAAAUUGAUGAGAUUGAUAUUGAUGCGUUCGCAUUUCUUUCUAUCCUAGAAGAAUUAGAUCUGUCGACGAAUAUAUUAAGUUUUCUGCCGGAUGGAUGGGCAAAAUCCCUUGUAUCUCUGAAAUAUUUGGAUUUGAGCGAUAAUAAAUUCACUUCAUUGGAAUCUUUAUCACUGACUAGUGCGUUGCCAAUAACAGAAAUGUAUUUAAUGAUGAAUCCGUUAGAAUAUCUGAAUGUAAGAUAUUUUGAAGAUUUACCGCAGAAUCUUACUAUUAACUUAAUAAAUAAGUCAAAGUUUGCAAAAGUUUUGGCAGGAAAUGAAAAGUUACAUUAUAGUAAUUAUAGUUUCGUUACUCAUUUCGGAUAAAGUCAAAAAAGUAAACAAAUUACCAUUAUUAUAAUUACUGAUUCUUAAACUAAUUCGCUACCGUUCCCAUUUACUUAGAAAGUAACGAUUCGUUUUGUUUCUUUUUUAAUGCUGAAACAAGAGUUAAUUAAUCUAAAUUUACUUUUGCAAUUUU